GAUAGUGGCAAAUUUUAGUGUAAAUAUUGAAUAUUGAUUAAGAAAUAAACAAAUAAGGUCCAGUGCCAAUAUUGAGUUAGAAGAGGAAUAAUCAUUUCUCUUACAUUAAUUUAUAUUUGCCAGUUACAUGAAUUUCUCUUUUCGAAAAUCAUCAAAAUAUAUCUGAUCCAAAGAUCAUAGAGUUACAGUGUGUGUGGAUAUUUUACAUUUACCAUUUAACCUAAGUAUUAAAUACCAUUAUUUUGAUUUGGAUGUAUAUAUCUAUUUUUAUUUUCGGAUCAGAAUAGCAUUCUAAAAUUAUUUCAUGUGUGAAGUAAGCCAAGCGUUUGCUUGGCAUGAUCCUUUCUUUUUUUUAACCUAUGUUAAUGAUUCUGUCUCAAAUUUUCAAAUUGAGAUAGUUAAUUAUACGAAGGACAUCCUGGAGCAUUUGAUUAUUGGUAGUUUUCUCUAUAUAGUAACAUGCAUUCUUUUAUAUUUCGCAAUAAUUCGAUGGAAAAUACUUAACUUCAAUACAACAAUAAAAAACCCCAAGAGGGUUCUUAUUGUAACUGCUCAUCCUGAUGAUGAGUGCAUGUUUUUCGGACCAACUAUACUGAAUCUUACUAAGCAACCGGAUUGCACCGUUUAUGUUUUAUGCUUAUCUACAGGUAGUAAUUAUGGAAUGGGUAAAAAGCGAAAACAUGAACUGUAUAAAUCAUGUAGGUGUCUUGGUAUCAACAGUAAUUGUAUAACAGUUAUGAGCCAUGAUGACCUUCCUGAUGAUAUUAGUAGGCGUUGGCCAGAAGAGAUAGUUGCAGAAUUGAUAUUGAAUCAUAUUGAAAUUUACGAUAUUACCACCCUAAUAACUUUUGACAAAAGUGGAAUUAGUUCACAUCCUAAUCAUUUCAGCAUAUAUUAUGCUGUAGCACAUUUGAGCUUCUCGGGUGAUAUUCCUAAAAGUUGUAAUGUUUAUGUACUGGAGAGUAUAAAUGUAAUGAGGAAAUAUUGGUUUAUUUUAGAUAUUCCUAUAUCAUUUUUAUUUUCAAGAACUAGGUACAUUGUUGGACCAAAUGAUAGAUCAGUGAUUCACAAAGCUAUGUCAGAACACAAAUCACAAAUGCUGUGGUUCAGGCGGCUUUAUUUGAUAUUUUCUCGUUAUGUAGUUAUCAACACAUUGCAGGAAAUGAACCCUUCAGAUAUAGAGUUGGAUUUAUCUGUAGACGACUGAACAACAUAGGAAUGUUUUUGUUUACCAUUUUUAUGUACAAAUUUUAUAUGAACCUUUGCAUUUUGUUAGGUUUUUAUGCAACUACUCUGCUUAAAACAAUUUUCCAUGUAAAAUUUUAUACAUCUUUUUAAUAUUUGAAGGUUUUAAGAUUUCUAAUCAUUGAACUUGGAGGUAAAUUUCAUUUUUUUAUAUAUGCCUACCAAAAAGAGCUUGUGAUACAAAACAUUGUGUUCUAUAUGGAAGAGGGCUUAAGGGUAUCCUUAAGCCAUUUUAUACACAGCAUCCCAAUUGUUCAAAAUAUAUGGAACCAGAAAAUAUCUUGCAUAUUCGAAGGAUUCUUACUUGUAACAUUUUGGUUAUAAGCUGAUGUGCCUAAUUAUCACACUACCAUUUUGCAUUGAAAUAAUCGUUUCAAGUGAUUACUAGGCUGGAUUUUUGAAAUUCCGAGGACUUGAAUGCAUACUUCCAGUUUUACAAAUGUUAGGUUGCUGCUAUUCCAUUUUUUAAAAUCGGAUAUGUUUUAAGCUUGAGUUGUAAAAGGUCUAAUUAAUAUUGAUAAUUCUUAUAGAGAUAUAAUAUUGUUUUGAGCAACCAUAUCUGUUAUGUUUGAUUUUAAUUUAUAUUUAUUUAUCGCCCAUAUUGAUAAUUAUAGUAAUAAAGCAGAAGUGCCAAUGAAUUUGUUCAAUGAUGCUACUUGAACCUCAAUUUUUUUUAAGUAAUAAAAACAUGCAAAUUUCACA